AUGGAGGAUGACCACGAUGCGUCCUCCCGCAUCGCCACAGGAUUUGAAACGAUCGCCGGACUGGGAUCGGUAAGUGGGCGAGCUCCGACAGCUGGCAGCAACCCAGAAACACCAGCUGAGGGAAUGGCAAACCCUCGGACUGCGUACGAAUACGACUAUUACGACGCCUUCGGUGUGAGGCCGAGUCACGAUGCCACGCAAUUGAGGGCUGGUUUAGGCAAGACUCGAAAACGAGGUGAAAGGAAGGCUCAGGUCGUACAAGGCCCAUCACCCACCACGCCGUCAACGCGAUCCUUGCAAUACAUCAUAGCGCGGUGGCCGCGGUGGAUUAUGCUUACCAGCCCCCAACCGGAGCGAACAACUCAAUAA